UCCGCCCCACUCCGGGAAGGUAAGGCAACUCAGGCACGUUUCUGUCCCUGUCAGGAACAAGUGGACCCUCUCGAGAGUCACCCUGUAGAAACAGCCACCACGUCUCGGACCCCUCUGAGGACCUGAACAAAAGAAACUACAGCGAAGGGAGCCAGAGCCAGCCAGAGGCAGCCCCAGCCAAGCAGCAACAGCACAGCCCAGCCCAGCCCAAUUCCAGCCCCAGCCCAGGAGGCCAACCCCACAGAGGAGGGGGCCGACGGCUCUUUCCGGAUUGCGAGCGGAAGUGGGCGAAUUUGAAUCCUGCCAGCCGUUGGAGGCAGCGGUGCUGCGCUAGCCGCAAAAAGUGACAGGGUCGUCCUGCGGCUUAGGGCUGAGCGUGCCUUGUCGCAGUGUCUUGUUUCUCCCUGCUCGGCUCGAAUGUUGAAGCCGAUUGCGUAGAGGAAUCUCGCGGCGGGCGCGUUACCACAGUCUCCCUAUGUAGUUCAGGUUGACCUGGAACUCACUAUGUGGCACAGGUUGGCCUUGGACUCAUGGUGAUCCAGUCCUCCUGCCUCAGCCUUCCACAUGCUGUGAUCAGAGUAAAAUGAAUGAAAAUAAACCUGGUGACUCACAGAACCUUGCUUGUGUUUUUUGUCGAAAAAACGAUGACUGUGCUAUUAAAUAUGGAGAAAAGAAAACUAAUGAGAAAUGGAAUCUCACUGUACAUUACUAUUGUUUGUUGAUGUCAAGUGGAAUUUGGCAGAGAGGUAAAGAAGAAGAAGGAGUUUAUGGUUUUCUCAUAGAAGACAUCAGGAAGGAAGUGAGUAGAGCCUCUAAACUGAAAUGCUCUGUUUGCAAGAAAAAUGGUGCUUCUAUUGGAUGUGUAGCACCUCGAUGUAAACGAAGUUACCAUUUCCCAUGUGGACUUCAAAGAGAGUGUAUUUUCCAGUUUACUGGCAAUUUUGCGUCAUUUUGUUGGAAACAUCGUCCUGUUCAAAUUAUUACACCUAAUAAUUAUAGAGACUCUGUACCAUGCACCAUUUGUUUGGAAUUUAUUACACCUAUUCCUACUUACAGUGUAUUACGAAGUCCUUGUUGCAAGAAUGCUUGGUUUCAUAGAGACUGUGUACAGGUUCAAGCAAUAAAUGCAGGAGUAUUUUUCUUUAGGUGUACAAUAUGCAAUAAUAGUGACAUCUUUCAGAAAGAGAUGUUGAGAAUGGGAAUUCAUAUUCCUGAAAAAGAUGCAUCUUGGGAAUUAGAGGAAAAUGCUUAUCAAGAGCUUUUGGAGCCCUAUGAACGCUGUGAUAUACGAAGAUGUCGUUGCAAAGAAGGGCGAGACUAUAAUGCACCUGAUAGCAAAUGGGAAAUAAAACGCUGUCAGUGCUGUGGUUCCAGUGGAACACAUUUAGCCUGUUCCUCACUAAGAUCAUGGGAACAAAAUUGGGAGUGUUUGGAAUGUAGAAGUAUUAUCUACAAUUCAGAUUUCCGAAAAGCCAAAAAACACACAUUAUCCAACUCUAAUAAUGUGGCAAUUACUGAUUGUUUGUUGGAAGAAUCAUCACCUAAGUUACCCAGACAGUCACCUGGAGCCCAGAGUAAAGAUCUGCUGAGGCAAGGCAGCAAGUUUAGAAGAGAUAUUUCAACAAUAUUGAUAGAGUUAGGAUUUCAAAUUAAGAAAAAAUUUAAAAGAUUAUGUAUCAAGAAAGCUGAUAUCUGGACCAGUGCCUUAGUUGAAUUCAGAAAGCAAAACUUCAGUCCUUCAUACAUGAUUGAAGUAGUAUUUAUUGAGAAUGAUAAUUUUGGAAGAGAACAUCCAGGAUCAAAGCAAGAAUUUCUGAGUCUUUUAAUGCAACAUCUUGAGAACUGUCCAUUGUUUGAAGGUUCCUUAUCAAAGAACUUAUCUCUAAAUUCUCAAGCUCUAGAAGAGAAUCUUUAUUUUGAAGCUGGCAAAAUGCUUGCCAUUUCUUUGGUUCAUGGUGGUCCUUCACCUGGUUUCUUUUCUAAAACCCUGUUUAACUGCCUUGUUUAUGGACCAGAAAAUGCCCAACCAAUUUUAGAUGAUGUGUCAGACUUUGACGUGGCACAGAUUAUAAUCAGGGUAAGAAAUAUAAAUACUGCAACAAAUAUAGAUGACUUAAACUCAGUAAUAAAUGAAUACUAUAACUACCUAGAACUUAUUGGAUGUCUAAGACUUAUAACAACAUCAACUGAUAAAUACAUGUUGGUAGAAGACAUACUUGUCUACCAUGUAAUUAAGAGAGUCCAAGUACCCUUUGAAAGUUUUAAGCAGGGUCUGAAAACACUUGGUGUCUUGGAGAAAAUUCAGACGUGCCCAGAAGCAUUUUGUAAAAUCCUCUGUCAUAAACCUGAGAAUCUUUCUGCAAAAAUCCUUAGAGAUCUUUUUACAGUACACAUAUUACCUGAUGUGCAAGUGUUGGGGUUUUGGAACAGUUACCUACAGAGUGUUGAGGAUGGUAAAUCUGCAAUAACAAUGGAAGACAUUCUUAUUUUUGCAGCUGGUUGCAGUUCCAUUCCACCUGCUGGAUUUAAACCCACUCCUUCAACUGAAUGUCUGCAUAUGGAUUUUCCUGUUGGAAACAAGUGUAAUAACUGUUUAGCUCUUCCAAUGACGAGUACAUAUAAAAAAUUUCAAGAAAAUAUGGACUUUGCCUUAAGAAACACUCUACGACUAGAAAAGGAAAAAAGUUCUCACUACAAUGGACAUUAAAAUAUUUCUUUGAACAAAGAAAUGCUUCUUUAAAAGCUGCUAUUGAUAACUUUCCUUUGUUUCAGAAAUCUAUUAAUCAGCACUUUGCAACAAAUUUUUCAUCUUCUUGGCCCAAUGAAACUUAGGAUAUGUACGUAAAAGAAUAUUUUGGCCAUUUAAACAAAAAAAAUUUUUGUUAAAAUUGGUGGUAUUUUUCUAUUUUCUUAAUAUACAUGCUUAACAAACCAGUAUAAAUACUUUUAUAAUGAUUGUACAGAUUUAAACAGGUGUAGCAGCAUGGUAAAUAUGAAAGAGCUACUAUUUUUAUAAAUUGGAAUUGCCUAUAGGAUUCCAUGAUUUUUCUGGUUUUAUACAAUUUUCAAAUUACUCUUUUUUUCCCAAUUAUGCUUUAUUUUAAAGCAUUAAAUAGAAAAGCUAAACAGUUAAAUCCUCAUAAAUAAAAAGUACAUAUUCUGGGGUAUGCAGUAUAUGUAUGCUUUUUUAGGAUGGCACUAAAUUCAUGGCUAAGAUGUUUUUAGAUCACUGAUUUAUACAUAAAUGAUCCACACUGCAAUUAUAUUAUGCCUUAUUGGAAGUAUUAAAUAGAAAGCAGAAUUGCAGUUAUUCUGGAAUGGACAUUCCAUGGGCUUGAAAACACUUCCUGAGGUGAAUAAAAUGUAGUGGAAAAUACUUAAGAAAAUGUAUCUUCUUGGGCCAGGGAUUUAGCUCAGUGGUUUCGCCACCUGCUGCGCAAGCGCAAGGACCCGAGUUCAAUCCCCAGUACCCAAAAAAAAAAUUUUUUUUUUAAAAUCUUUAAAGCCAUGGUUUUUUGUGGGGUAUUUUUUUGUACUGGGGAUCAAACUCAGGACCUUGCAUUUGCAAGGCAGGUGUGGUGCCACUAAGCAAAAUCCCCAGCCCUAAAGCCAUGAUUUUAAUCAUUGAGGUUUUUUUUCUAUAUCCUAUGUGUGUCAUUCAGUAUGUUUUAGCCAUAGUCAGUGUAUAUAUCUGAAUGUGGAUUAUUAUGUGGUUGAUUUGCUAUUUGACAUUUGUUAUCAACAUGGUUCUAUCAUAGGUAAGCUGGUAUCAUAGCAUUAUAACAGUUAUCUUCUUUGGUCUUGAAAUAUACCGCUUUUUAGUUGGCCAUUGAGGCAGAAGCCUGUAAUCUCAGCACUUGGGAAGUUGAAGCAAGAGGACCACCCUAACUUUGAGCCAAGCCUGGGGGGCUACAUAGUGAGUUCAAGGCAUCCCUGAACCACACUGCAGGACUGUAGAGGAUAUGAGAAGUUCUCUGGCCCUCGGACAGCCUUGGGAAGACAGAUUGUCCUGAUGUCUGUGGCAGGCCCAGAUAGAGAAGUUAAAGAUAACUUCAGAAGGCUGUUUGUCAAUCCCACAGUGUUCCAACGGGGUCCCUUGAGACUCUCAAACAUUUGCUUGACAUAAGAAUAGGUAAGAGUAGCUAAUCUUUUAGAAGCUUUAACUAACCAAGAUGAUUUAGAUAAGACACACUAAGAUUAAAAGAGCAUAGAUGGUUCUUUAGAUGCUUUAUGUACUCACAGAUAUAACUGGUGGUUAGUUGACUAGCAUUGUAAAUUGUUAAUGACUGAUGUAUCCUACAGAAAAAUGUAUAAAAGAAGAAUAUUACCAAUAAACCUGGCCUUAACUCCACACAGA